AAAAUUGACCUUUGAGUAUACUGUGUGCUCCACUUAAUAGAAUCACUGAUGACUAGGGGCAACCAGUGACUGAGUAAAAUACAGCAACCAAAAUCAUUUGAAAAUUAUGUAGAGUGUCACCGUUACAGAGCUUUGUUUCUGGUUUUCAGAUUUUAAAUUUGCCUAAAAUGGUAUUUGUUUUAUUGAAAUGUGGAACAUUUAAUUACAGAAGCCUAUUCUGAAUAAACCCUGAUUCUCCAUCUUAAAAGGAGUUUUUUGGGGGAAUGUCAAAUAGAAAAAAAUAAUUACAGAAAGAGGAUAGUUUGGCCAACUUAAGAGUUCUAAUUGAUCACACCGUAAGGAAACACCCUGAAGGUUAAAUUCCUGAUAACCAGACAAUAAACAUUUGGGGGAGGAAAUUGAAAAACUGAAGUGUUUAGAAGUGAAAAAGGAAUGCAGGAGCCCUGAAAAUUAGAGUCUAAAAGUGUGUAGAAAUUUCACCUGGAACAGAGUUGGUGGAAGCAUGAAUUAGAAGUCUAAGACAAGAGGAAUUCUGCUAUUUAAAUUCCCUGUGUUACUUCUGGAAAGAAAAAAUUGAGACAGCUUCAACUAAAUGUCACAAGUGCUAAAACAUAGAACAAAGCUAUUUAAGAAUCUUAAUGCACACACUAUUCUGUGUUAGGUAGGGGAAAGGAAGGUUACUGGAAUGUAGUAGUUGACCACAUAGUUCAUUCCAGGACACAGGGCCUAUCCUGGACUUGCACAACCCUAAAAGUGAGUGCCUCAGAUUUUGCACCCUAGGUGCUUCCCUUAAUUUUAGUCCUGGCCCUGCAGGGCACAGAGAGCUUAGGGGUCUCUUCUUUGGCCACAAAACUUUCCAUCCCUCCCCAUUGCCUCUACCUUUUCAUAAAAACCUUUUCUCUGCUUGCUUUUCCUUCCAUAAUUAAAUAUCAGAGAUUUUAUUUUUUUCUUUUUUUUUUGAAAUGGAGUUUCGCACUUGUUACCCAGGCUGGAGUGCAAUGGCGUGAUCUCGGCUCACCGCAACCUCUGCAUCCUGGGUUCAAGCAAUUCUCCUGCCUCAGCCUCCCAAGUAGCUGGGACUACAGGCGCGCACUACCAUGCCCAGCUAAUUUUUGUAUUUUUAGUAGAGACGGGGUUUCACCUUGUUGACCAGGAUGGUCUCCAUCUCUUGACCUCGUGAUCCACCCGCCUUGGCCUCCCAAAGUGCUGGGAUUAUAGGCGUGAGCCACCGCGCCCGGCCAAUGUUGGAGAUUUAAGUGUCAAAUAGUGUAAUAGAGGAAAAAGAAUCCUAUUUCUGAACUGUACCUGCUUAUAGGAAAUAAGUCUAUUCUUCCAGCGGUUUAUCUUCUGACAUGGAUGAUCCUCCAACUCUGUGGAAAGCACCACAAAUUAACCUGAAAAGUGCAGUAAACAGGAUAGAGAUUAGUUUGGUUUUGGCAUGUUGCACAGACAAGACAUAACUUCUCUUUCUUUAGAAGAGCACCUCAAAGCCAGAAGAGAAAGGGACAAUCAGGGUCAGGGAUUGUCCGGGAAUGUUACGGGCUAGCAGGUGAGGUACAGCCCUCCAGAAGUCCUUACCCAAUGUUACAGCCCAGGCAGAGGUGGGUGGUCUGAGUUACUUACUGGGUCAUGACCCAGGCUUGAAAAGGAUUAUUGUUCAAAAACUAUGACAGGCAGAUGGCAUUAUCUCUCAGCACCCCUUGAGGUGAGGUGUGCUGAACCCAGGGCAGACUCUGUACGAUGGCUUAUGAAGGAUUGGCAGGCAGUACUGUCUAACCAGAGCAUGGCAGUGCUGGACAGGAGUAAAUUGACAGGGACCCAUGAACAGGUGGAGCUAACUAUCCAUCUUAACACUUCAAAGUUUGGUGAACAAUUCUUCUUCCCCGACAGCAUAGCUAAAUGAGUCUUAUUCUUUUUUUCCAUUUUCUCCUUGUACUUUCCUUUUCAUCCUCUAAUUCAGUCUAUAUGCCCCUCUACCUUUUCAUCCUUGCUCAUAUCAGAAGGAAUGCUGAAUGGUGUGCAUCUCUUCCCUUCCUACCCGUAUCUAACUGGUACAUCCUUGGAACCCCAUAUUGAGGUCUGCCUAUUCCCUAAAGCCUUUGCUAAUCUGUUGGAUCAUUUCUCUGUGUCCUUCAGACUCUUUGAAGCAUUCCUUUGAUGUUGACUGGGAGGCACUUAAGGUGAGUGAACAAAGCUUGGAGUUUCAAAGACCUCAUUUGGAAUUCCUGUUUCCAUCCCUGACUAGCUCUGUGAUCUACAGUAAGUUCUAUUUCCCUGAGCCCAAUGUCCUCACCUGAAAAGUGUAGAAUCAAAUCAUAUCUUACAUUGCAAGUCUGUCAUAUUAUAUAUGGACAUGUACAUAGAGUGCAGAAACCCUUUAGGACAAUUCCUGGCAGAUAGUAGAUAUCCAGCACCCAUUGGCUUUUAUUGUUAACUUUCGACAUGCUGGAACUGUGAGCAGAAGUGAACUUAGAGGAGAGGAAUCAGGAAGCCAAGGUGGAGAACAAAGGUAAGAUUUGGGACAGACGUUGAGACCAUGAAGCACUCUUAAGAGGAGCACCGAGAGACUGUACAAGCAGCUAGUGACCAGGGGCGAAGCACAGAUGUGGCCACUGACUUAACAGUGCUGGGAUCAAGGAGAAUAUGCACCAAGUUUUCUUGACCAUGAUGUGGUAAAAAGAUAUAUAGCAAAUGUUUAUUGUGUGCUUUUCACAACAGUCCUAAGUCAGGUACUAUUAUAAUGGUUCUAAUUUUCAGGUGAGAACCAUAAGGCAGAUAGUUUAAAUGACUUGCCUAAAGAAACACAACUAAAAAGUUGACACCAAUCAACCUGAGACAAAGAUUAUUUGCAUACUAGAGACUCCCCUGCCCAUACAAGCAUCUAAGUUCAAAUGUCUCAAGCUGAACAUAUGCUGCCUUUCUCUACAGCACUCCCAAUCCUGCCCAUCCUGACCACACUCCACCCACUUCAUUAUUUCACUUGAGGUGCUGCCAUUCACCCAGUUUCCCAAACUCAGAACCUGAAAGUCAUGUUUGGCUCCUCCUCCCCAGCCUGCCUAAUCCACUCAAUAUUCAGGAGCUGUCAGUUCUACCUUCUUUAUCUUUUGAAUUUGGUCAUUUCUCUCUACAGACAUGAGAAACCUAGUGGAGGCCAGCAAUGUCUCACCUAGAUCACUCCCUCAUGGCCCUCCUGCCUUCAGUCUCUGCCCCCCCCAAUCCCCAUGCUGUUUUCUCCACCCUAGUCACAAACUUUUUAAAGCUCAAAUGCAGGCAAUGACAUGACCGUAUUUGAGCUUUGAACCCUUCCUUUGACCUUCAUUGCUCUCAGGAGAAAUUCCAAGCUCCUCAACAAGGCAUUCAGAACUCUGUAGAAUCCUGUUUCUGUCUGCUGUUGAGCCCUAAUUCUCGCCAUUUUAAUCUUGUUCUGUUGCACCAAACUUCUUGUUGUGUCUUAAAAACAACAUUCCUGACUGAUUUUUUUUUUUUUUUUCAGUUUAAUACCGAGUCCUGGAGUCAUCUCCUCCAGGAAGCUUUCUGUGAUCCUACAGGCUGGUUAGAUGUUUCUUAGUGAUCCUCUAUUCUCUUAUGAAUAUUGCUGUCACUUCAUUUUAAAAAUUGAUUUAUGAUUAUUCUCAUGUCCAUCUUCUCCACUAGUUGGGAAGUUCUUGUUGAGAGAAUGGACUUGAAUUCCCAAGAACUAGCACCUAGUAGGCCUUCAGUGAAUGUUUAUUGAAUGAAUAAAUAAAUGACUAACUUUCCUAAGGUUACAUUAUAAGUUCUGAAACUUGAACCAAAAUACAUUUUACUCUAGAACCCAUGUUUAUACCACUGUUGUAUUUGCACAUUAGGGUGGUUAAAAUCCUUCAAGGGCUAAAUUUUAAGGGACUAAAUCCUAUCAUAAGGUUUUUCUUCCACCUCUUGAAAUUAGUUUUAAUUUUUCAGUAAUACAUGACUCAGUAAUCAAAUGAUACACAAAAAUAUUUGGUCAAAAGUCUUCCCAUUUUUCUCUUCUACCUUUCCAAUUCCCACUUUCUCUGACUCAAGGUAACCAAUCUUGUUCAUUUCUUAUAUCUUCUUUCAGCUUUUCUUUUUGCAAAUGCAUGCACAUAUGAAGCUAUGUAUUUUUCUUUACCUCUGUACUUUUAGAAAGGUAUUUAAAAUUUUUUCAAAUAGCUCUGCUUUUUCUGAAGUGAGUAUGUAUUAGAAAAAAGAGCUUGUCAGUAGCCAGCUUGAAUGAACUCACAGAGAGAAACUUGGAAGAGGACAGCUAUUCAUUCAAUGAGGGAAGGAGAUAAUCCUGCCUGCUCACUGACUUCUGGGGAUGUGCAGGGUCCUCCAGGACAGAGCCUGUGGCUGGAUAUCGCUCACAGGCAGAUUCUCAAGCUCCCUAAAGUUACCUUUUCUCUGGAACUCUCCUAGGCCACUCCCCCAUGAUGCAAUAUCUGGGUUUGGGCAGAAAGGAGGGUGCUUCCAAGCCCGCCUUUUCUGAGCUUCCUGGGCUGGUUCCAGAACAAUUUGAGCUUCACUGAGACUCAGACCUCAGCUCCAACAUUUGCAUUCUGAAGAAAGACGGCUGAGAUGGACAGAAUGCUUCAUUCUGGAAAGAAACAAUGUUCCAGGUCAAACUGAAUCUACCAAAUGCAGACUUUCACGAUGGUUCUAGAAGAAGUCUGGACAAGUCUUUUUGUGUGGUUUGUCUAUGCAUUGAUUCCAUGUUUGCGCACAGAUGAAGUGGCUGUUCUGCCUGCCCCUCAGAACCUCUCUGUACUCUCAACCAACAUGAAGCAUCUCUUGAUGUGGAGUCCAGUGAUUGUGCCUGGAGAAACAGUGUACUAUUCUGUCGAAUACCAGGGGGAAUACGAGAGCCUGUACAUGAGCCACAUCUGGAUCCCCAGCAGCUGGUGCUCACUCACUGAAGGUCCUGAGUGUGAUGUCACUGAUGACAUCACGGCCACUGUGCCAUACAACCUUCGUGUCAGGGCCACACUGGGCUCACAGACCUCAACCUGGAGCAUCCUGAAGCAUCCUUUUAAUAGAAAUUCAACCAUCCUUACCCCACCUGGGAUGGAGAUCACCAAGGAUGGCUUCCACCUGGUUAUUAAGCUGGAGGACCUGGGGCCCCAGUUUGAGUUCCUUGUGGCCUACUGGAGGAGGGAGCCUGGUGCCGAGGAACAUGUCAAAAUGGUGAGGAGUGGGGGUAUUCCAGUGCACCUGGAAACCAUGGAGCCAUGGGCUGCAUACUGUGUGAAGGCCCAGACAUUUGUGAAGGCCAUUGGGAGGUACAGCGCCUUCAGCCAGACUGAAUGUGUGGAGGUGCAAGGAGAGGUCAUUCCUCUGGCACUGGCCCUUUUUGCCUUUGUUGGCUUCAUGCUGAUCCUUGUGGUCGUGCCACUGUUCAUCUGGAAAAUGGGCCAGCUGCUCCAGUACUCCUGUUGCCCCAUGGUGGUCCUCCCAGACACCUUGAAAAUAACCAGUUCACCCCAGAAGUUAAUCAGCUGCAGAAGGGAAGAGGUCCAUCCCUGUGCCAUGGCCGUGAUGUCUUCUGAGGAAAUCUUUAGGGCCUGGAUCUCAUAGGCUUGGGGAAGGGCCCAGGUGAAGCUGAGAACCUGGUCUGCAUGACAUUGAAACCAUGAGGGGAUGAGUUGUGUUUCUGUUUUCCUCCACCAACAAGGGGUGAGAGAAGUAGGAAGAGCCUGUUGUCUACACAUCUAGAAGCAUCCAUCAGAGGCAGACUGGUUUGUCUAACAGAGCACUGACUGGGGGUUAGGAGAUGUGACCUCUAGGCUGAGGGCUGCCAUUUGCUGGCUGAGCAACCCUGGGAAAAGUGACUUCAUUCCUUCGGUCCUAUGUUUUCUCAUCUGUAAUGGAAGAAUUAACUACACACCUGCUAAACACACACACACACACACACACACACACACACACACAUGAGUCUCUCUCCAUAUAUACACACAUGUACACAUAUAUACAUCCUACACUUUCGAGGCUCGAGGGAACUGGUGACACUACAGUCUGACUGAUUCCGUGUUUCUGGAGAGCAGGAUGCAAAUGUGUGAUAAGAAUGAUCAAACACUCUACACGCUGGGUGGCUUGGACAGCCCACGUUCCUGGAAGAAUCCUUGAGAGAAAAGGAAGAAUGGGAGCAAUGGUGUUGAUUUCACUUCAAGCCAAAUGCCGGUACAGAGGUGAAUGGCUCAGCGAGCACUACAAUAGGUGACCUGGAGGAAGGUCACAGCUACACUGAAAAUGCGAUGUGUGUGAACACAGCAGAUCCAUGAACUACUGUAAAGUGUUGACAGUGUGCACACUGCGGACAGCAGGUGAAAUGUGUGUGUGCAGUGCGCUGAGAAUGCAGAAGUCAGUAAUGUGUGCGAUGUUUUUCCUGUAGAGCUGCUAAAGUACAGAAUUUAGCAAAUAAAAAGGGGCCACCCUGCCCAAAAGUGUCUUUAAA